AUGUUCAGCAGCACCUACAGGCGCGAGGUGCGCAAGGAGAAGUACGAACGCUCUGAUGUGUUCGAAGAGGAGCCAGAGGACAGCUCUGCUGCCAUGUCUGCCAUCCAGGGCUGGGAGAACCUGCAAGAGCUCAACAGCCGCUUCGCCCGCUACAUCAACAGAGCGAGGGUCUUAGAGCAGAGGAACGCUGUGUUUAGAAAACAGCUGGAGACACUGCAGUGCAUGGACAAGAACAACGGGCUGGAGGAGGCCUUCAGCGAGCAGAUCCAGUUCAACAAAGAGCGUCUCCGAGAACUAGCAUCAGAGCACAACAAGCUUGAGAGAGAGCUGAGAGACGCCUGCCGCAUGCUGGACGAAUACACCACCAAGUACAGGGAGGAGUGUGAGGCCCAGGAGCAACUGCGAGGAACACUGGAGCAGCUAAACAAAGAGGCCGACAGCAUCCUGCUUCAAAACCUGGAGAGCCAGAUCCAGUGCCAGUUCUUGCAGGACGACAUCAGCUCCACCAAAGAAAGACACAAAAGGAACCUGGCCGAGAUCCAAACCUACGUCAACAUUCUGCAGCAAAUCAACCAGACGCUGCCCCCUGUGUCUCUGGGCGUCUCCGAGGAGCAGGAGAAGCUGUUAACCCAGAGGAAGGUUCCAGGUCUGCAGUGUCAGCUGGAGGAGUACAAGAGCGCCCUCUGUCAGCUGCAGAAUCAAAAACAGCGGCUGCAGAGUGAGAAUAAGAUGCUGGAGCAGGCCAUCAAGAGCACCCAGGAGAGUUACGAGGACGAACUCCAGAUGUACAACGAGCAAAUCGAAUCUUUGAGGAAGGAGAUCGAAGAAGCCGAGAAGUCCCUGGAGAAGUUCACCAAUGAGUGCCGCCACCUGGCCAUGUACCAGAGCUCCCUGGAGAAUGAGCUGGAGCGCUACAUGAGGAUUAUUGAGAAUGAGGAUAACAGGUUGAAUUCAGCGAUAAUUGGCACUCCUAUUACCCUGUUCACCACUAAUUACAGCUACACCCACACCCCCUCGGCUUUGAGCAGGGGGAGAGACAUCACUCAAGCUUUCCAGGAGAUCACCAACAUCAAACCGCGCCAGAAGAACAUUGCCAAGAAGGUGCAGAAGAGGAGGGAUCUGACCAACAGGGACGUAAUUGACAGUUCCCAUGGCGACAAAACACCUUCUGGAGAAGGUCAUAUUGAACAAACCGAGAUCACAUCCACUGAAGGGGUCCAGGAAAAGAAUUCAAAGGAACCGAAAACUACCAGUGCCUCCCCUCAAGACGUCCCAGAUGGAGCUCAGAUCAGCAAGGCAUUUGAUACUCUUUGCAACAUCGUCAGGGAUAGAAUGAGGAAGUAUAAGAGACCUGAGCCCAUCGCUGAUUUCUACACCAAAGGACGUUACGUCCUAGUUACUGGUGAUGCUAGCUAUCCCGAUCCAUGCUUCUACACAACUACGCCAUCUGCUGGACACAUCUACGUCACAAUCAGAGAUGGCAGGAUGUCGCCAUAUGAUAUAUAUGGACCAGAUUUUCCAAUUCCACCAGAACCAGCUCCAGAGCCAGAGCCAGCACCUUUUAUUCCAACCAUCCCAACGCCGAAAGAUGAGCCCAAAGGACCAAAGGGUAAAGAUGGAGGAGGUAAGGCCAGGCACAAGAGCGGAGAUCCACGCGGUAAAGAGACAUGUCCGGUGUCUCCCCCUAGUGGCCGGAAGGAGCCGAAUUCAGGAGCAGAUCAUCAUCCAGGGAAGAAAAGCCCUGGUGGGCUUCCUCGUAUUCCAAGUUCCAGCUCAAGUUCCAGUAGCUCCAGCAGUAGCUUCAGUCCAGAUGCAAUGACCUAUGAGAAGAUAGAGGUAAAAGAAACUGUCGAGAAGAUAUCCAAUGAUCGGAAGAUCAAGGGUUAUGAGGAGACAUCUACUGUGGUGGAGACCAUGAUUGAGAAGUCCAGCAAGAAAAAGCACUAA